UAGCCAACUUCCUAUCAGAAAAGGAACAGAAGAAUGGAUUCUCUGAAGCUUUGCGCGGCACUCUUACUGUGCAUUGUAGCAGCAGCCCAGGCGCAGAGCGCGUCGAACGUGCGUGCAACGUACCAUCUCUACAAUCCGUCGCAGAUUGGGUGGGACUAUCUCAGGGCCAGCGUGUACUGCGCCACGUGGGACGCGAACAAGCCCCUCGAGUGGCGCCAGAGGUACGGCUGGACUGCCUUCUGCGGCCCUGUGGGGCCCAGGGGACAGGCCUCCUGUGGACGGUGCUUGCGGGUAACAAACACAAGGACUGGGGCCCAGGUGACGGCGAGGAUCGUGGACCAAUGUAGCAAUGGAGGGCUGGAUUUAGACAAGGCCGUCUUCGAUCAGAUCGACACCGAUAGGAAUGGUUAUAAUCAAGGCCACAUGAUCGUCAACUACGAGUUCGUCAACUGUUAAGUCAUCGACUGAGAUGACUGAUUACACAUAACAUCCACAUGCCUUCAACUACCAUCUUAUAGCUGAUUGUAGAAAUAAGGAUGUUUUAUUAUCAAUAAAUAGAUCGAUAUCUGACCGUUGAUCUUCUCAGUAAUCAUGGUUUGAUCAUAAAACAAAGUAUCAUUUUGUAAAAGAAAUGAAAGGAUGGUCUAUUUUCUUUCUUA